AUGGUAAUAGUCUGUACAGAAUACGUUUCUAGAUUUUAUGUCAUACCCAUGAUCCUAGCGGAACAAGUGGAAAUCAAUACAGGAGUGUUUUGGAAAAAAUUGCCGGGAACAAUCAACUACGAAGCCACCAUUCCCUUGACAUAUUCGACGAGAUGGAGGUCGAAGGCGAAGAUUGUAAAUGUAGUUAACCCGAUCAAUUACUGUGAUAAAAGUGAGGGAAAAUUCGGAUGCAGAUUAAUAGAUGAGAUGGGGAGAUUAUCGACCAUGUAUGAGCAAGAACGUUCAAUGUUGGGACAGAUGAUGGAUAAUCAGGUUGAGGAAAGUAUCCAACCAAAGAGAAAAUUUAAAAGGGCUCUAGAUUUUAUAGCAAGUUCGUUUGAAUGGUGCUKCGGUUUUGCAACACAACAAAAAUUCGAUAAGUUGGCGAUGACACAGGGUGAAUUGGCAGAACAGGUAGAGAAAAUUCAACAAGGGUUGAGCGAAACAUUKAAAAAUAUAGGCAAGGAGUCACACGAGUUUGCAGCUUACCAGGACGAAGCGGCGAGAUCUUUUCAGAAAAUGGAGCAAAGGAUGCACGUUAUCGAAAAAUUGGCAUUGGACAUGACGAACAACAACAACAUACGAAUGGAAAAGGAAGAAAAAUUGACUACGGCGGCAGUAUACAAUAGUUACUUAAAUUUGAAGCGAACUUUAAACAACCUUAGGACAAUGGAAGAAAAUGAAGUUGCAAGUGCUUGUAAACAACACCUGAUACCGCAGAUAAUUUUACCACCAGCAAUUUUGARAAAAGACCUACGGAAGUUAAGAUUGCACAUCCAACAACACGAUCAGGAACUGGCCAUUCCCGGAAGUAAUGUAUGGAUGCUGUACACGUUACCGAUAUGUGAUUGCUCGCUGACCGGGGAAAACAUCACGAUACAAGUGCGAAUUCCAAUUAGGAGAAAAGGUUACACUUGGACCUUGUACGAACUAAUCAGUGUACCUUUUGCGUGGUAUAAUCACACAUGCAGGAUUCAACACGAAAGCACGUAUGUAGCAAUAGCGCAGGGAAGGAGAACUGAGAUCAGAACAAUUUCGGGAGUCAGCUUGCAUCACUGUCGACCCUUCGAAAAUAAAUUGUGCUUCUUACCAAGAUUUUCGGCUGAUUCGAUUCAUGGGCCAACAUGCGUAAGAAAAUUAAUCUCGGGUGGUUCAAUUGAAGACUUAGGAAGUCAUUGUCCAAUGACGUGCUACAAAUCACAGGCGCUGACAAUUACWGAAAUCGAAGAURAGACGUUCAUUAUGACACAUGUAGACGAGAAAGCCUACAUUCGCUGCAACUCRAAGGAAACACCAAUCGGACUCACAAACGACCAAAUACAACCAGGGGCAAGGAAAAUUCGGGUACCCUGUCAUUGUACACUUAUCUCAAGAGGAGAAGUUUUAAUUGAAAAGAGAUACCAAGCAAAAGAAGUUUCGGUGGUACACGUACUACCAGCAAUAUGGUCCUCGCUAGGUUCACUAGUCAUAGGUGAAUUUAGGCAGAAGGACUCACUUAGGUUUACGAACGUGAGCCGGUGUCWCAACUUGAACUGGACUCUUACUGUCCCCCAUCUCAACUUAACAUCAACGGAAAAUCGAGUGGAGGAAAUCCGAGAACAGCUGAGUAAGCACAACGUCGACCAUCAGUACAGCACUACGUACGCCCUACACGGAAACUCGAUUUUGUUAAUUUGGAACACAGCGUUGUCUAUCAUAGUAGCGUACCUCGUAUUGAAGAGAAACCCAGGAGGGUUAAUAAUAGCUUCCACUCCAGGAGUGCACGCUUGGGGUGAGGAGAACUUUUUGGGACACCAAAUAGUUCUCGUGCUCAUGCACGUAGUGUUAUUAAUCUUUUUUAUGUAUUUAUUAGCAGAGUUGUUAAAGUUUUGUCGUAGAAAACAGAAAAAUGCWGUGAAAAGAGAGAACUCUCGGCAAAAGGCGAAGAUGCCAGAAGAAGAAGAAGGUUUGAGUCCGGAGGAAAGGGAAGUACCUCCUCCAAGGCCGGGAAUGAAUACGAGUACAAGAGGACAAUGUCGAUCAGAAGGACGACUGGAAUUAGACGAAGCAAGUCUGUUGUCACUGGCGAAAGGUCACAGCGCAAGAGUGACCUUAGAACCUUACACAACGAAGAGUGAGGUCAUUAUACACAACGUAAGUGACAUGUAAUUGGGUUUUUCAAAAAAAAAAAAAGGGAAAGGGCAUUAGGGAAUCGUGGAUCAAUAUUAGUCAUGGGUAUCGUGGGGUAAACAAGGGAAAAAACAAAAAAAAAACAAUGGGAAAAAACGGGAGUGGAAUAUUUUAUGGGGAAAAAAUGGAAAAGGGGAAAAAUAAACACGGUCGGACUGCUGAUAAAAUAUCUGGGUCACAGUCACGGCCAAGGUUGCAAGAAGAUACCUGGCAAGGUCGAACCAACUCGACGUACGAGUAAUUCGGACUUGUCAGCAUAAUAGAACAUAAAUAGGUUAAGAGAUCAUAUGUAAUAGAGUCAACGACUCUUUAAUACAAUGUUAUUAGGCUUAGGAAAAAUUGUAAUGUAAGUUUUUUUCUUUUUCUGGUUUACUCACACCAUCUGGACGAGACGCCAUCUCAUAUUACCAUCCAAAAAGGAAUGCUACCCUAGUGUAAGAUCAGAGAGACAACUUGUGAAAACUAUCAUCGUAAAACAUCGUCGAAUCACAGUGAAGACCCGGUGUACAACGCCUAGAAUUUGUCUUCUACCCCCCCAUAGAGGUUUAACAAGUAUGAUGACCAAGAGAGUAACAAAACUUGAAGUCGCUCCGGACAACCAAAAAAAAAAGGGUCRCCAAAAAUACCGACUAAAGCAAAGCAAGGAAAUGCGGUCAUGUCCGUACAAAAGCCUGCAAGGCGAAGUCUUGUUGAAGAAGGAAAAAAGCCAAAGCCGUCUCUCUGGUCGAAACUAKKUGGUAGAUAAAGAUCACGGGGAUCCAUACAGAUGAGCGAAGAACAUCGUGUGGAGUGACCAGAAAAGUUAGAUUUGUAACCGUUAGGGUAGCAUAGAAUAAGGAUUGUCGAGGCGACAAUCUYGAAGGGCCGGGCAUAUGUCAC